AUGGAUCCAUUUAUUAUAGAUCUCGACAUUACUGAAGGAACAAAUGAUAUUCCCUUUUGGUUGAGAGAUGUCUUUGACAGAGCUUUGAAUGCUACUGGUAUCAAAAGAAAGAGAUCUGCUUCAGAUGAAGCUAUUUCAAGUUUAAUCAAGAUUGAUCCUGCAACAGUUAUUAAUAAAGAGUGUCCCAUUUGUUAUGAACCAUUUGAAAAUGAAUCAACAACAACCAAAGACGUUUUAAAAAAUCAACCAAACAAAAUUUGCUUCAAAAAUCAAGAAUUUAUAAAUAAAUUAUCACAAUAUGGAAUUUAUCAAGAAUCAAUUGAAAAAAAUCAAACAUUUUACGAUCCAAUGUUAUUUUUCCCAACUGACCAAGGUGGUCAAUUAUAUAGCAGAUUUCCACAAAAUAGUUUAACUUCAAUUUCAACCGAAGAUCAAUUUCCAGGUUUUAAUGAAAAUGAUAAAAAAUUAAAAGAUAAAAAAAUUGAACAAUUUAAAAAAGAAGGUCAUAUUGCUGUUCAAAUGCCUGAAUGUGAACAUAUUUUUGGAUUAUCAUGUAUUGUUGAAUGGUUAAAAUCAAACGUUAGUUGUCCAUUAUGUAGAAAAGAAGUUGAAGCAAAAAUUUAUGAUCCCAAAAAAUCGAAAUUGGAAUAUAUUGAAAAUAAUACAAUUGUAAAUUAUAAUAAUGAUAGAGAUGAAAUGAUUCAACAAAUUUAUAAUUCUACAGAUGUGUUUAAUCCAUUUAGAAGACCUUAUAAUCCUUCAAUUACACCAGUUACUGAUUCUUAUAUGCAACAGAAUUGGUGUACACCAUAUAAUGAUAGAUCUAAUAGAAAUCAUGAUGAAGAAAAUGCAAGAGAUCCAGAUAUUGUUUUACCAAGAAGAUUUCCAUUUCCUGAACCAACAGCAAGUACUCGAAUUUUUCCAAUGAGAAGAACUACAAGAUCGACAACAAGAUCGAGAGAUGUUAGACCCAGAAAUAAUUCACAAUCAGAAUCAAGAAUAGGUGGUAAUAAUGAAUCAGAAUUAGAAGAUAAUAGUUUUGGUAAUGGUAGAAGGAGAAGUGCUUCAUCAGACUCAAGAAGUGCAAGAAGAGUUAAUUUUUCACCACAUACAACUAAUAUCGAUGAUUUACAUGAUGAUUCUAGUGAGUCUGAAGAUUCAGCAUCAAGUACUAUUCCAACAGAACAACAGCAACAACAACGACAACAACAACAACAACAAUUUCAAGUUCCAAAUCAAAAUCAAACUCAAACUCAAACUCCAAAUCCAGCAAAUGAUCAUGAACAUAAUUUACUGAUUAUACAAAGAAUUCAAAAUCGGUUUCUUCGAAACAGAGAUAGAACUUCAUCAUCAUCAUCAUCAUCACCACCACCACCACCACCACCACCACCAACUUCAACUAGUACAACUACAACUACAACUACAUCUACAACAAAUAAUGUAACUAAUAAUAAUAAUGCAAAUAAUCAAGCAAGACGACCAUAA